AUGGUACCAACGAAGCCUGGUUUACCCACAUCUACAGUGACUGUGACACCAGCCGGUCCUGUAUUCACUGGAGAAACAGUCAAUCUGAAGUGUGUGAUAAACUCUUAUUACAGUGACUGGAGAUAUGAGUGGUAUAAAGACAGAGGCAGUGAAAUAUUACAGACGUCUGAUCGUUACACUGUAAACAGAGACACUGUCACUAUCAGAGGAGCGACUGAGUAUGAUCAGGGUCAGUACUGGUGUAAAGGACAGAGAGAUGGAAGACCAAACUCAUCAACAUCAAGAUCUGCUGUUUCUCUCUCUGUGAAGGAUUUACCCACAUCUACAGUGACUGUGACACCAGCCGGUCCUGUAUUCACUGGAGAAACAGUCAAUCUGAAGUGUGUGAUAAACUCUGAUCACAGUGACUGGAGAUAUGAGUGGUAUAAAGACAGUGUAAUAUUACAGACGUCUGGCCGUUACACUGUAAACAGAGACACUGUCACUAUCAGAGGAGCGACUGAGUAUGAUCAGGGUCAGUACUGGUGUAAAGGACAGAGAGAUGGAAGACCAAACUCAUCAACAUCAAGAUCUGCUGUUUCUCUCUCUGUGAAGGGUUUACCCACAUCUACAGUGACUGUGACACCAGCCGGUCCUGUAUUCACUGGAGAAACAGUCAAACUGAAGUGUGUGAUAAACUCUUAUUACAGUAACUGGAGAUAUGAGUGGUAUAAAGACAGUGUAAAGUUACAGACAUAUGAUCGUUACACAGUAAACAGAGACACUGUCACUAUCAGAGGAGCUACUGAGUCUGAUCAGGGUCAGUACUGGUGUAAAGGACAGAGAUAUGGAAGACCAAACUCAUCAACAUCAAGCUCUGUUGUUUCUCUCUCUGUGAAGGGAAAACCUGUAGUGAAGGUGAGGCCAGAUCAGCGUGUGUUCAUAGGAGAGAGAGUCACUCUCACAUGUGACAUACAGGGAGGAGGAAACAUUCAGUGGAGAUACAGCUGGAUUAAAGAUGGAAACACUGUCAAUCCAUAUACAACAACAACAACAACAGCAUAUUACAGUUUCACAGCUUCUGCGUCUCUCAGUGGUGAAUACAGAUGUAGAGGAGAGAGAUCAGACUCACACACAGACUUCAGUGAUGGAGUUACACUGACUGUAUCAGAUUUACCCACAUCUACAGUGACUGUGACACCAGCCGGUCCUGUAUUCACUGGAGAAACAGUCAAUCUGCAGUGUGUGAUAAACUCUGAUCACAGUAACUGGAGAUAUGAGUGGUAUAAAGACAGUGUAAAGUUACAGACGUCAGAUGAUCGUUUCACUGUAAACAGAGACACUCUCACUAUCAGAGGAGCUAUUGGGUCUGAUCAGGGUCAGUACUGGUGUAAAGGACGGAGAGAUGGAAGACCAAACUCAUCAACAUCAAGCUCUGUUGUUUCUCUCUCUGUGAAGGGAAAACCUGUAGUGAAGGUGAGGCCAGAUCAGCGUGUGUUCAGAGGAGAGAGAGUCACUCUCACAUGUGACAUACAGGGAGGAGGAAACAUUCAGUGGACAUACAGAUGGAUUAGAGAUGGAAACACUGGCAAUCCAAAUAUAACAACAACAACAGCAUAUUACAGUUUCACAGCUGAUGUGUCUCUCAGUGGUAAAUACAGUUGUAGAGGAGAGAGAUCAGACUCAUACACAGAGAGUGAUGCUCUUACACUGACUGUAUCAGGUUUACCCACAUCUACAGUGACUGUGACACCAGCCGGUCCUGUAUUCACUGGAGAAACAGUCAAUCUGAAGUGUGUGAUAAAACCUUAUCACAGUAACUGGAGAUAUGAGUGGUAUAAAGACAGUGUAAUAUUACAGAAGUCUGAUCGUUACACAGUAAACAGAGACACUGUCACUAUCAGAGGAGCUACUGGGUCUGAUCAGGGUCAGUACUGGUGUAAAGGACAGAUAGACGGAGAACCAGACUCAUCAACAUCAAGCUCUGCUGUUUCUCUCUCUGUAAAGGAUCUACAGCCGAAGCCUGAACUCACAUCAGAUCCUGCAGGAGCUGCACUGACUGGAAACACAGUGACUUUGACCUGUCACAUGAAUCUAACCAGAGACUGGGACAUUUACUGGUACAAACACACACUGAACCCCGAGACAGAGAAGACACAAACACACUCCUACAGCCUGAAGAUUGAUUCAGUGUCUGAUGGAGGCCAGUACUGGUGUAGAGCUGGAAGAGGGAAACCAGUCUAUUACACACAAUACAGUGAUGCACUGUGGGUAAAUGUUACAGUGAGUCCUAAAGCUGUGGUGACGGUACGACCUGAUGAACGAGUGUUUAGAGGAGAAACAGUCACUCUCAGAUGUGAUAUAAAGUGGGCAGGAGACACUGAGUGGACAUACAGAUGGGAUCUAAAUGCAACCAACAACUGGGAUAGAAACUCUGCCAGUCGAUGUACAGAACAACACUGCUGCACUGGAGCUGAUAAACAGACACACAGAAAUGCUGUCAGUCGGUGCUCAACACAUGAGUUGAUCAUCAGCAGUGUCGAUCUCUUUCACAGCGGUAAUUACAGUUGUAGAGGAGAGACAUCAGACUCACAGAGAUCACGCAUCAGUGACGCUGUUACACUGACUGUCUCAGCUGAAGCUCAGGCAUCACUGCGAGUGUCUCCACAGCCGUGGCUGACUGAAGGAGAAUCAGUGACUCUGAUCUGUGAGGUUUCAGGCUCCUCUACAGGCUGGACGUUCAGCUGGUUCAGAGAUCAUGAUCAUCUGUCAGACAGCAGCAGAGGAGCUGGAGGAUCUUACACUCUCAGUCCUGCUGCUCUACAGCACACAGGAGUUUAUACGUGCAGAGCAGAGAGAGGACGACCAGCCUAUUACACACACAACAGCAGCUCACACACACUGUGGCUCACUGGAGUUUCUGCUUCAGUGUCUCUGGUCAUCGAUCCCAGCAGAAGUCAACACUUCUCAUCUCAGUCUCUCUCUCUGAGCUGUGUGGAUCAGAGUAACUCUGCUGGAUGGACAGUGAGAAGAUACACAGACACACACACACAAACCUGUGCCAAACAAACAGGAUCUCGAUGUGUAAUCGACUCUCUCAGCACAUCUGACUCUGGAGUGUACUGGUGUGAGUCUGAAUCUGGAGAGAAACGCCGUCCUCGAAACAUCACUGUACACGACGGUGAGGUGAUUCUGGCGAGUUCUGUUGAUCCUGUGAUUGAGGGAGAGACUCUGACUCUACACUGUUUACAUCGAUCUACAAACUCCUCGAUCUCCAGCGCUGAUUUCUAUAAAGACGGAUCACUGAUCCAGAAUCAGACGACAGGAGAGAUGAGCAUCACUACUGUCUCAAAGUCACAUGAGGGUUUCUACUCCUGUAAAACAGAGAGAGGACAGUCUCUCCACAGCUGGAUCUCAGUCACUGAAGCCUUUAAUGGUCAGAUUUCUGUCCUCAAAAUCCUCAGUUUUCUUCUGGCAGCUUCUCCGUAUCUGUUAGCGACAGUCGUGCUGCUUUUCAAAUGUUACAGAGCGAGAGGUAAAACUUCUGUCACACACUCACACACACACACACCUGUUAAGAUCUGA